GGCUGCAGGGCUCGGCCGGUUGUGCUGUUUGUAAAAUUUGCCAUUUGCGUUUUCCAAAUGGGAAAGUUAGGCUUCAUCUCACUUGUAAUAGCUGCCUUUUCGGCGCUGUUAGGAGAGAGGAUUGUCAACUUAAGGAAAAGGACUCUCGCCUCUCGGGAGCUGGUCCAGAAUCACCUCCCUAACUGUGUUGCACUUAAAAAUCUGGAUUAUGGCUCAGAGGAUAUAACGAUCCUUGGAGAUGGACUUGCUUUCAUCAGCGCUGGUCUCAAGUAUCCUGGAAUGCCAUCCUCAGAUGUCACAGGAAAAAUCUUCUCCCUUGAUCUACAAGAUUCUCGGAUAAAACCAGUGGAGCUGCGCAUGCCAAGAAACUUUGAUCUGGAGUCAUUCAACCCUCAUGGCAUCAGUGUAUACACUGAUCCAAGUGAUGACACAAUAUAUCUGUUUGUUGUCAAUCAUCCUCAACACAAAAGCCAAGUAGAGGUCUUCAGAUUUGUUGAGGACGACCACUCCCUGGUGCAUCUGAAAACUAUAAAGCACGAACUUCUCUACAGUGUAAAUGAUAUUGUCGCCGUGGGUGUGGAUAGCUUCUAUGCAACCAAUGAUCACUAUUUUACCCAUGAGAUCUUUAAAAGUUUGGUGGAGCCUCUUCUCGCUCAGCCUUGGGCUAAUGUUGUGUACUACAGUCCCAAGGACGUGAAAAUAGUCUCUGAGGGUUACUACUUUGCAAAUGGCAUCAAUAUCUCACCAGAUAAAAGACAUAUAUAUGUGGCAGAUCUAUUUGACCACAAUGUGCACGUGUUGGAGCGGAAAGAGGACAAUACACUGACCACUGUGAAGUCCGUGGCUGUGGGUUCCCUCUGUGACAACAUUGAAGUUGACCCUGAAACAGGUGACCUGUGGCUUGGCUGUCACCCUAAUGGAUGGAAAGCUUUCAUGUUUGACCCCAAGGACCCACCUGGAUCGGAGGUCAUCCGCAUCCAGAAGAUUCAUUCUGAUCAGCCAGUGGUGACUCAGGUGUAUGCGGACAACGGUCAUGUGAUCAUGGGUUCCUCUGUAGCAGCUACCUAUGGGGGGAAGUUGCUCAUUGGCUCUGUGUUCCAUAAAGCCUUGGUCUGUGAUCUGAAGUAGGCAAUGACUUUGUAAACUAUGAUUCUCAGUGAGCAGAAAAAAUAAUGUUCAAUAAAGUCAAGUCACAAAAUCAAGA